AAAUGUAACAACUGUUUGAGAUGUUUUGGCAAGUGACUAUAUUACUAUUUAUUUGUAACUGCUUCAUAGAAUCUGACAAAUGUUGGUAAAACCUCACUGCUUUAUUGAAAAAUGUAUUUAUAAUGCAUUUUGCUUCCCAUGUGUUACGGUGAUUUGGGGAAGUAACUGAACUGAUGAGGUGGCUUUUGGAAAGAAGAGAAUUUUUCAGUUCCAUUGCUUCAGAAGUCUGAUUUGUUGAACCUGUAACCUUCAGGAAAACAGUUUCGCUACAACUUUUGUCAGGAGAAACAUCUGGCAAAACAAUGUGUCUUUGAUCCAAAUAAGAGAAAUUAAUAAUCUAAGACGUGGAAUACUAAAUUCAAUUUGGUAAUCUGAGUCACAGCAUGGAUCUGAGCUUCUCUAGAAGAUAGCAUCGGCAGCUAAUGUAAGGAAGAUUAAGGUGGGCACCAUGGGUCGGCUGGAUGGGAAGAUCAUCCUGCUGUCUGCAGCAGCACAGGGCAUCGGGCGAGCAGCUGCCAUAGCCUUUGCUAAAGAAGGAGCCAAAGUUAUUGCUACAGAUAUCAAUGAGUCCAAGCUGAAAGAACUGGAGCAAUAUCCAGGCAUUCAAAUACGAGUUCUGGAUGUUACCAAAAAGGAGCAGAUAGAAAAUCUGGCCAAGGAGCUUGAAAAGAUUGACGUCCUCUGUAACAUUGCAGGGUUUGUUCAUCAUGGAACCAUUCUGGAGUGUGAGGAGGAAGACUGGAACUUCACUAUGAACCUCAAUGUUCGCAGCAUGUAUUUAAUGAUCAAGACAUUCCUUCCAAAGAUGCUUAAACAGAAAUCUGGCAAUAUUAUAAAUAUGUCUUCUGUGGCAUCCAGCAUCAAAGGAGUUGUGAACAGGUGUGUAUAUAGCACUUCAAAGGCAGCAGUUAUUGGACUAACAAAGUCUGUGGCUGCUGAUUUUAUUGAACAAGGCAUCAGAUGCAACUGCAUAUGUCCUGGAACUGUUGACACACCAUCUUUACAGGAGAGAAUCAAAGCCCGGCCUAACCCAGAACAGGCACUGAAAGACUUUCUAGCCAGACAGAAGACUGGUAGGAUGGCUACUGCUGAAGAAGUGGCCCAUCUCUGUGUGUACCUGGCUUCUGAUGAAUCUGCCUAUGUGACUGGCAAUGAACUAAUCAUCGAUGGAGGAUGGAGCUUGUGAUUGACCCUCCCUGCAAAUGGAAAUUUAUACCAUGAAAGGCAAAAAGUGAGGAUGGUGUUUCUUGCAAAGAUUUAGAUCACGCACAUGAUAUCUUUCCAAACAAAUUUGCUGCAUUUUUACUGCUAUUUGCUUCACUUUCACUCUUUCUAGACUGAUCUUACUGAUUCACUUUUCCUUAAACAGUGAAACAAUGGAGUAAAAUGUACUUUAUGUGGCUUCAGUUUAUGGCAGUUCAAAAACAUGAAAGAAUGUUUAAGAUUUCAGAGGGCCAAAAAUAUUACUCAAGGUACAAACUCUGAGUUGUGUUUUAAGCAAAUAUGAGUGAGAGGAAUUGAAUACUGUCUUUAUUCUCAUCUUACAAAGUAUUUGGAAAUUAAACAUUCACAUUUAGAUUUUCUACUAGCAUUGACAGACUAUCCAGAUAAAAUGGAGCAACAACUAUGAAAUCAGCCAAAGGGAUCCUGAACGAAGUAUGGUUUAAACAGAAUAAAGCAGAAAUAAUAAUAAAUUUGAAGAUCUGAAUGUCUGAAUCAUUUUCUUACUGGUACCAGAUGUUUCUGUAAUAAGAAAACAUACUAGUUGCAAACUGUAGUUCAAAGCAUAUUCUGCUUUGCACGUUAUGAAAUAAGUGGUUUUCUGUUCUGUACUAUCGUUAAAAAAAUAUUUUAGAACUCUAAUAGCUGUAGAACAACAGUCUGAAUUGUUGAAAAGAAUGUUCCAAGCCUGACAACACUUACAGAUCCAAAGUCAGAGCUGCAAGCUAGUCAGACAUGUAGAUAUGUGGUGUGUGAGCAAAUGAACUUCCUGCACACACAUCAAAGAGCCAGUGUACUUGCACAGCUGUUCUGUGCAACUGAAAUGUCCAUUUUCCAGAUCCUGGGCAAAUUAGGCUGCUGAAAUCUGGAAAAGCAGUAAUGCAAAAGGCAGGGCAACAGAUUACCAUUAGAAGCAAGAGGAUUGGCCACAUUCUGGAGUUUGGGAGAGUUUUUUUGUUUAAGCACGUAACCACUGUAGGCACUGUCUUCAUGAAGCAGAAACGGUAGAGAGGAGCCUGCUCUAAUGGUUAAGACUAAAGCUUAGAGCAUGUUGAGCUAAGAGACAUGUAGUGAUAUAAUCAGUUAUAAAAUGACUACAUAACUGGUACAAAAGAGGAGAAAUAGAGACCAGAACUGUUUCAUUAAUUGUAUAGAUCACUUCUAAAAUGGUCUUGGAAGUAUCAUUACUGUAUCUCCUCUCCUCUGCUUUCAUAUACAGAAGGUACUAUGCGAGGACAUCACUUUAGCAGGCAUGGAUGGGGGGGAUAUGUGGGAGAAACAUUCUGAAAUACAUGGGUGGAUCUUUAUGCAUAUGCUUCACUUCUGGCAUAAAAGCAAAAGGAGUGGAUUUUACCACUCUAGAUAGAGCCAAUAUAUUCUUCCCCAAAAUGAUGCCCUAAUAUUGGAUAAAUAUUGUAAACUCUGUAUGCUAGGUGCUAUGCUUUGGUGCUCUAUGCUUUAUUCACAAGUACUAAUACAGUUCAUACUAAAACACAAGGCAAAGUUUCUCUGAAAAGGACUGUUUCUACAGGAGUGUGUGUUGACGUUUCUGUUGUGCUAGCAUAUGGUAGCGUAUGAUGAUGAAACAGAAACCUAUUAUUGUAAAGUCUUAUACUCUGAGUAAAAAACAUAGAUCCUGACCCAGAGGCAAUGAAUAACCUGAAAUCCAAAAAGUAUUUGUUUUGCUAACAUACUGCUUAAACCCAACAUGAAUGACAUGGGCUGCCUGCCUAUAAAAAUGGAUACUUUUAACAAUUGCUCACAGCUCCAUUUAUCUAGUUCAUGAAUGAAGCUAUAUGUAAUUUCAUAUAUAUAAUCAUAUACAUCAAAUAUAUAUGUAAGGAGGAAUUAAAGAAUAAAUGCUUCUGAGUAUGAUUCAUCAGUAAUCAAAGUACAGGAAAAAAUGUAAAAUAUUUUGUGUGUGUUUCUGUAACAACAACUGUCAUGUUUAUAAAAUUAUUGCUUAAGCUUUUCAAUAUUAGUUGAAGUGUUAAUAUAAAUUACCUGAUUUCAAAGAUAAUGGAACGUGUCUAGUUAAAAUCAGGGCUGUUACUUUAAAACUGUAAGUAAAUGUAAAUUUCAGAAACGAGAAAAUUACAAUUACUGUGUUUGUUGCCGUCCUCAGGCUCAUUAUGUGUUUAACCUUUACCUUUAAUCAUGGUUGGCGCGCUCUGGCCUCGUGUAGUUUGUUUAUGGGGUUUUAGAGAAUCUAGUAUUUCAAUCAAGUGACCCUGGCAGCCAAGCAGGAUCAAGCUGAGGCAGAAGUCCAAAGUUAUCCAAAAUGGCUCCACCAAUGUUCACUGACAUAAAUUCAAAUGUUAAAAGUUCAGGCUGCCAGGAUACUGUUUCAACGGUUAUAGGGUUUAAUGUGAAGGCCAAAAUCCUGCUUCUGUGGUAGGCAUAGAAGGCUUACCUUGAAAAGAGAGAAUUUACCUACUACAGUAACACAGGAAACUUGCACUGUGUAUUCUGAAAAUAUAAUUAAGAAUGAGAGAAAAUUCAUUAUACUUAUAGGACAUUGAACUUUAUUACUUAACGUUUGUAAGCUUACUGAUGAUUGUAGUAUAGAAAUGCUACUCAAAAAUGCCUUUUUUUUUUUUUUUUUUUUUUAAUGGUCAAAGCACUUCUGCAAGGGCUUUUUUAGUGGUACACCAAGAAUCUGGUGCAGCAGAAAAAUAAAAAUCAGCAGAGCUUGC